GUAUGGCGACCGCCCAUACCGCCGCUGCCGCGCGGCAAGCCGCGGAGGCGGCGGUGUGUAGUAACCAUCAUGCCGUCCACCACGGCCACCUCGCGGCUCUGCUAAAUCCCUCCCCGCGGUCGCCUCCGCUCCCUCUCCCCCUACGCCGCCGCCACCUCCCGCUCUCGCACCCGGCGGCCUCCCGCCUCGCCGCGUCCUUCCCGCCGCUCCCCCUCGUCGUCUGCCUUCUCCGCGCCCUCCGCCUCCUCCCCUCCCCGCCACCGCGCCCCUUUGAUGCGCUCAUCAAGUCCUACGCCUCCCUCCCCUCUCGCGCCUCCCUCGCCGCCGCGGCGCUCGCGUUCGCCAGGUCGGCUGGGUACGCCCCCUCCAUCCCCGCCUACAACGCCGUCUUCCUCGCGCUCUCCGACGUCUCGCUCCCCUCUGCCCGGUGCUUCCUCGCCGCCAUGCUCCGCGACGGUGUCGCGCCCAACGUGUACACCUACAACAUCCUCGUCCGCGCGCUCUGCGGCCGCGGCCGCCGGGAGGAGGCGCUCGACGUCGUGCGGGACAUGCGUGGCUCAGGCUGCGCGCCCAACGCCGUGACGUACAACACGCUCGUCGCGGCGUUCUGCAGGGCCGGGGAGGUGGACGGCGCGGAGAGGCUGGUCGGCGUGAUGCGUGAGGGCGGCCUGAGGCCCAACCUGAUGACCUUCAACUCGGUGGUGAAUGGGCUGUGCAAAGCUGGGAGGAUGGAUGACGCACGCAAGGUGUUUGAUGAAAUGGUGAGGGAGGGGUUGGCACCGGAUGGGGUCAGUUUCAACACCUUGGUGGGCGGGUAUUGCAAGACGGGGUGCUUGCAUGAGGCAUUGUCUGUGUUUGCAGAGAUGACGCAGAAAGGGGUCGCACCAGAUGUUGUGACUUUUACAUCACUGAUCCAUGCAAUGUGCAGGGCUGGGAACUUAGAGCGGGCAGUGGAAUUGGUAAGGCGGAUGAGGGAGAGAGGCCUCCGGAUGAAUGAGGUCACUUUCACAGCUCUGAUCGACGGAUUCUGCAAAAAGGGGUUCUUGGAUGAUGCAUUGCUUGCAGUGAAGGAGAUGAGGGAAUGUGGGAUGCAUCCUUCAGUGGUGUGUUACAAUGCGCUUAUUAACGGUUACUGCAUUGUAGGAAGAAUGGAUGAAGCAAGAGAAGUAAUACGUGAAAUGGAGGCUAAAGGAGUGAAGCCUGAUGUUGUGACGUACAGUACGAUUCUAAGUGCGUGCUGUAAGAAUGGUGAUACAGAUUCUGCGUUCCAAAUGAAUCAACAAAUGCUUGAAAAGGGUGUACUUCCUGAUGCAAUCACCUACUCAUCACUCAUAAGGGGUCUUUGUGAGGAGAAAAGACUCAAUGAUGCCUGUGUGCUCUUUGAAAAUAUGAUUAAACUUGGCCUAAAACCUGAUGAAUUUACGUUUACGUCACUUAUUGAUGGCUACUGUAAGGAGGGGAAUGUGGAGAAGGCUCUUUCUCUGCAUGAUGAGAUGAUAAAGAUAGGAGUCCUCCCUGAUGUUGUGACUUACAGUGUGCUUAUUAAUGGACUUAGCAAGUCAGUACGCACAAAGGAAGCACACCGGUUGCUCUUCAAACUGUAUCACGAAGAUCCUGUUCCAGCAAAUAUUAAGUAUGAUGCCCUGAUGCAUUGUUGUAGCAAAGCUGAGUUUAAGAGUGUGUUAGCUCUCUUGAAGGGAUUUUGCAUGAAAGGGUUGAUGAAUGAAGCUGAUAAAGUAUACCAGUCAAUGUUGGACAGAACUUGGAAGCUUGAUGGGUCUGUGUAUAGCGUGCUUAUUCAUGGGCAUUGCAGGGGAGGAAAUGUUAUAAAGGCUCUCAGCUUCCAUAAACAAAUGCUGCAAUGUGGUUUUGUUCCAAAUUCAACAAGCACUAUUUCCUUGAUUAAGGAUCUAUUUGAAGUGGGGAUGACUGUGGAAGCAGGCCAGGUGAUUCAGGAGUUGCUGAAUUGCUGUUCCCUAGCAGAUGCAGAAGCAUCAAAGGCUCUUAUUGACCUCAACUGGAAGGAAGGUAACGUGGAUGCUGUGGUAGAUGUUUUGCAUGGCAUGACAAGGGAUGGACUCCUUCCAAGAUCAGGGUGAAUUUUGAUAAUCAGAGAUCUUCCUCUUUUUGUGGAAUACUGUAAACCUGAUUGCCUUAUGUGGAGCACUCUCUCGUCUUAUUAGUCAUGACUCACUGAGCAUCGUGAUCAGGAUUCUGUUGUAGGAUAUGGCUUGCCAUGAGUCAUGAUGUGCUCCAUAAGUCCAUAUGGAAGGGCUGAAAAAGGUGUUUUGCUUCCUCAUGCUGCAUGAUUAUGUGAAAUAUCAUGGCGCCAGUGUGCACGGGUCGAAGGCGGCUAGUACCUCUCCAUCGACUCCAUCAUGCAGUCCCAGUGCAGGCCCUU